UUUAACAGAAAAUUCUGGAUGUCACUUGAGAUGCCCGCUACAUUGGCCACAGAGGGUAUCGUGGUGAACUACGAUGUUGUUACCAGUUUAAUUGUUGUAAAACCUCACGGUAUUAAAAGAACAAUCAAAAAUGCUCUUAAUAAUUUGGCAGAUGUUGUCUCGGUCAGAUCUGAUCCUACUCGGAAGGUUCUCGAAGAGUUGGCUUCAGAGGUUAUGCGAUGGGCUUUUCAAUGUUGUUGGAAAUUUGAGCCAUUCUCAACCGAAUUUUUGCCACAGAUUAAUGAUUUUAAUCCAAUUGAGCUAGAGGUGUGCAAAAUUCUAAGUCAAAACAUGGAAGAAUGGCAUUCUGUACAAAAGAAAAAACUCGAAGUUCUCCAAACAAAUUUCACAAACCUCUUGUUAGAUCAUUCUGCUAAAAAUCUGUCUUUAAAGCUGGGUGAACGAGUACGGCACGACCCAUUGGGCGCAUACACAAAGUUCGGUAAAAAGGAUCAUAACGUCGUUUGUGAACAUCUCACUAACCUCGAAAUACUUACUCGGAGAGUCUUUCAAGAAGAGUGCAAGACUAAAAUCACUACAUUAGUGGAUGGCAAGUUUAGAGAAAGUAAGCAAACAAUAAACGAAAUUGAAACGCGCCUCACUUCAGAAAUUGUCAGCGUAUGGAGUCUCGGUCAAAAGUCUACUAUUAAAGUUAUGUUCGAAAAAUCUCGAGAAAAUACCGCUUUUGACAAGCUUCGUAACCAAUGGAAAACUGAGGCGUAUCUUGAAAUAUCAAAGACGCGUCUUCGGGCACAUGCUGAUCAAAUAAUCGAAGCGAAAUGGAGCAUCUUGGAAGGUUGCACUGCGCGUUAUCCUACUUGUGAUUCAAAAUGUGAAGAUAUUAAAGGCACCAGAUAUACACAUCAUACCUCUGCACAUGUGAUCACGGCCUUUGGAGGAUAUAGGUAUGUGCACAGCAGAGAAACAGGCUUGGUUGUUUGUUCUGAAAAAGCAGCACACGAAUUGCGUUGGAAAAGCAACAAUAUUGACCAAUUUUUGAGUUAA